AUGAAAGCACAUUUUUUUGUUUUUCCUUUUCUUCUUUUCCUUGUCAAAUCAAAGGAAAUUCAAGGAUUUAGUGAUGGAGAAGAUAAAGGAGUAAAUACUACAUUUACUUGGUUCAUAUCACAAGGAUUGACUCAACUUGGAACACAGCUGAAUAAACUUCAGACAAUGACUAAUGAUGAACAAGUAAGGCUAGGUAAAGUAGAAGAAAAUGUAGCAAAUCUCAAGACGAAAAUUGAAGAUAGAAUCAGUCAGGCAAACCGUGUAAUUCUUUCUGGAAUGCAAUCAGAUAUACAGAAGUUAAAGAAACGGAGUGAAAAAGACAAGGGUUUUGUUGGCGGGUCGUCAUACUCAGGUAGUGGUCCUACUAAUAAUCUAUGUGUUCCAAAUGAACCGCAGUGGGGUAUUUAUGAUAACAAAGUGAAUGACAGUCCCUUUAUCGGUGCUGCUUUGUUCGAUCACUGGGACAUUGAUAUUAAGAAUACUUUGUUUGAUAAGAAAUACAGUUAUUAUGCCAUCCAAUGUGCAGUUUGUGAUUUGACACAGGCAUCGUCAACAGUGAUGAUACCUGGACGUAAAACAUGCUAUGAUAAUUGGAGAAUGGAAUACACAGGAUAUUUAAUGGCUAGUCAUCCUUCUCAUACUGAUUUGGAAUAUAUCUGUGUUGAUGGAAACCCUGACCAUAUCAAGAAGAUUCCUAGCUGGUCAAACAAAUCUCUGUUGUUAUCUGUAUAUUCCAAAUGUAACGGAGCUACCCCUUGUCCGCCAUAUGUUGAAGGCAGGGAAAUGACAUGUGUAGUAUGUUCCAAAUAA